ACGACGAAAGAGGACGAGCGAGGGCAGCGGUGGUGAUUUUUUCCGAUUUUCUAAUUCCAGUAAGACACGAGGGCUUGUUGCAAGCGAUCCUUGGGAAGUGUUUCUCGACCAUUGAAAGUCCUUGGGCAAGGAGAAUAGCUGCAAGAUUGAGUCGGGAUAGAUUCGCCGGUGGUCGUGGAUUGUAGCUUCCUUCGGUACCUUUUUCUUCUCUUAGCCAAAGGCCUGGAUCAGAGGCAGAUAUUGUCAUCAUCUCAUCAAGCAGGUAAUUGAGGUGCAACUGAGAUGGGUAGUUUGGAAGUGGGAUCUUUCAGUCUGUCAACAACUCUGCGAGCAAGGUUUUCUCCUCAACCAGCAUGUGUAACUCGAAUGCUUAGCAAUGGCUCUGCAGUUCACAUGGAACCUUGGAGGAAAUCAUCUCAGUUCAAGUCUUUAUUUGCAGUUUUUUAUCCAAGAUUGAUUUACCCAUAUUAUCAAACACAUAAGCAGAUGACUAAAAGGUAUUCAUCAAUUUCUGAGGCAAUAAUGACAUCUGAAACAAAGAAAAUAACGAGCAAUCUUCUAGUUGGAAAUGAAAUUCUUGGCGUCUUGUUACUCAAUCUUGGAGGUCCUGAAACCCUUGAGGAUGUGCAACCUUUCCUGUUCAAUCUUUUUGCAGAUCCGGACAUUAUACGUCUUCCAAGGCUUUUUCGUUUUCUUCAGAAGCCAUUGGCACAGUUUGUUUCUAUUGUUAGAGCACCAAAGAGCAAAGAAGGAUAUGCUUCAAUAGGAGGCGGUUCCCCGCUUCGGCAAAUAACAGAUGCACAGGCAGAAGAAUUGAGGAAGGCUUUGUGUGACAAAAAUGUUCCAGCAAAGGUGUAUGUUGGAAUGAGGUACUGGCACCCGUUCACUGAAGAAGCUAUUGAACAGAUCAAAAGGGAUGGCAUCACAAAACUUGUUGUUCUUCCUCUUUACCCACAAUUCUCAAUAUCAACCAGUGGUUCAAGUCUUCGCUUACUAGAGAGUAUUUUCAGGGAGGAUGAGUAUUUGGUCAAUAUGCAGCAUACUGUCAUUCCCUCAUGGUACCAGCGUGAGGGAUAUAUUAAAGCCAUGGCAAAUCUAAUUGAAAAGGAAUUGGAAAUUUUUGAGAGCAGCCAACAGGUUAUGAUAUUCUUUAGUGCGCAUGGUGUUCCACUUGCAUAUGUGGAAGAAGCUGGGGACCCUUACAAAGCGGAGAUGGAGGAGUGUGUAGAGUUGAUCAUGGAGGAACUGGAGAGACGGCAGAUAACUAAUGCUUAUACACUUGCUUACCAGAGUCGUGUUGGACCCGUGGAAUGGUUGAGGCCCUACACUGAUGAGACUAUUUCUGAGCUUGGACGGAAAGGAGUAAAAAGCCUUUUGGCUGUCCCUAUAAGCUUUGUAAGCGAGCACAUUGAAACACUUGAAGAAAUUGAUGUGGAGUAUAAGGAACUGGCUAUGAAGUCUGGGAUUAGGAACUGGGGACGAGUUCCCGCAUUAGGAUGUGAACCUACCUUCAUUGCUGAUCUUGCUGAUGCAGUAAUAGAAAGCCUUCCUUACGUUGGGGCAAUGGCAGUCUCCAAUCUUGAGGCUCGUCAGUCAUUGGUGCCCCUUGGGAGCGUAGAAGAGUUACUGGCAACAUAUGACACGAAGCGUGAAAAACUUCCUCCACCAGUCCUAGUUUGGGAAUGGGGAUGGACCAGAAGCGCAGAGACAUGGAAUGGCAGGGCAGCCAUGAUAGCUGUGCUUGGUUUAUUGGUUCUUGAAGUAACUACAGGUCAAGGCUUCUUGCACCAGUGGGGCAUCCUUCCCUUGUUUCACUAGAACUAUGCCUGCUGAAGCAUUUAUACGAUUACACCAAAAAUAAUAUUAUUCUGUAGGACAAUAUAACUAACAUCAUAGUAUUAUAUAUAUUUAAUUAUUUGGAGUCCCUCCAAAACGUUUGAAGUAACCAUAAGUUGAAUGUUGAUAUUAUUCCUCUAUCCAGUAAAGCAUGUCAUCUGUUAGUUUCAGUUCAUACAUCUGUUGUACAUCAGUAUUUAUUUUCAUGACUCCGAUAA